AUGUGCACUCCCUUUAAUGAAAUAUAUUUAGAUUCUCCUGAGUGUAAGAUCGAAGGAUCUCGACUUCAACAAGCAAAGAUUGGAGAAUCAGUAAAACUACAAUGCAAGGUGGAGAGUCAUCCUGUACCCAAUACAUACUAUUGGAGCUUUAAACCAAAUAAUCAAACCAAAUUUAGUCGGAUAGCUGACACAGAUGCAGAAAUAGAUUUUUUCGUGAAAACUGAAAAAGAUUUUGGCUCUGUUGGAUGUCGAGCUGAGAACUCUAUUGGAAUUCAAGAACAACCUUGUUUGUUCCUCCUGCACCCAAGUAUCAGUCCAAGUCAGCUGACAGAAUGUAUAGUGAGAAACAUCAGUUAUCAGUCCAUUUACAUCUCAUGUUCUAAACUCCAAGAUCUUGAGCCUGAAAUAGCCGCUGAACUGGAUAUACUUUACUUGGGAGAGAUAAGUUCAGCUAGCAUCCAGACCAAACCUAUUCAGAUUCAGAAUUCCAGGCCUGAGUUUUGGUUUGCUAAUCUUGAAUCUGAACAACUUUAUACAAUUAAACUUUAUACACAAACAAGUAAAGGAUCUGGACCCUAUACUUGGCUUGAAAUUGAGACUUUGAAGAAUGAUCAGAAACCUUUAGCUAUUCUUAGCAGUAUUCAGGAUGGGUACUUUGAUACAGUUACUUUCCUAGGCAUACUUUUAGGUGGAUGUGUAACCUUGACGUUAACUGUUGUUGGUCUACUGUGGGGGAUCCAUAGAUCAAGAUCUAGACCUUACCAGACUGUUAUGGAGACUGUUUCGGAACAGAAAUCUGAUUGGGAGAAACAGAAAGAGAAAGAAAGAGGAGGAGAAAGAAUGGAACCGGAACAGAAUAAGUUGCAAGAAGGAAGAUACAGUUGCAACGGAAACAAAGCUAAUAUUCCUCAUCCUGAUGGAAUUAGCCAUAUUGGAUGUUUUCAAACUACCACAGAAUUUUUGCAUACGGAGUAUAAAGAAAACAGCANACAGUUGAGUUGA